AGGGACGUGAAAAGAGAGAAGACCAGACCAGAAGCUUGUAGGCGUCGGUAAGUCGGAUGACCGAUCCCAGCCAGUGCUCUUUAAAUUGAUCGGCGAUCAAGGGAACGGAGCUACUUCGGUUUAAGUAACCCACCGGUCAACACCUCCAGCUAUUGCUCGGCUGCGAAGCCUAUCCGACAAUGGGCGUGGAAGAACAAGACGAACUCGAAUAUGAGUGCGGACUCAGUACCGAGGCCAAGGCUGCUGCCAUGACCGAACUCAGGGAAGAUGAAAACACCAGGGAGCACGCAUUAACGCAGCUUCGAGAAUGGAUAGCGAAACAUCCUUCCAUUAAGUCUUGUCGAACGGACGCGGUCUUUCUUCUCAGAUUCCUACGAACAAAGAAAUUCAGUGUACCGUUGGCGCAGGAAAUGCUAGAGCGUUACCUCACCAUCAGGCAACUCUACCCAAAUUGGUUUCAAAACCUAGACGUCGAUGACCCCGCUAUUGAGGCCAUCCUCGAUGGUGGAUACUUGGUACCGAUGCUAGAGAGAGACCAACAUGGCCGCCAAGUUAUACUUUCUUGCGCCGGACGAUUUGAUCCUUACAAGUAUACUUCUGCGGAAAUGGCUCGGGUACACAGUAUCGUCGUAGAAGCGCUUUUGGAUGAUGAAGAAAAUCAGGUUCACGGAUAUACUCACAUCAAUGACGAGUCGGGAUUGACAAUGGGCCACAUAAGUGCUUGGUCGCUGACGGACAUUCGUAACAUGUCAAGAUGCAUACAAAACAGCACACCAAUGCGCCAUAAAGAGACGCAUUUCAUCAACAUACCUAAUUGCGCCAUGAAACUCAUCGAAUUUGUCAUCUCUCUUAUGAAUGAUAAAUUAAAAGGUCGAGUCCUAAUUCAUAAAGAUCUUCGGGACUUACAUCGAGCUAUCGAUCCGACAAUUUUGCCAAAAGAAUAUGGAGGGAAGGUUCCACUUUCUGAAAUGAUUGCUAUGUUCAAGAAAAAAUUACAAGCGAAAAAGCACGAAUUAAAGGCCCUCGAUGAUAUGCAAAUUGAGUUAUCACAAAAGGAAAUCCGCAAUGCUUCUGGUGAAGGUUUAGGUGGUAUUUCCGGUUCCUUCCGAAAGUUAGAAGUAGAUUAAUAACUUAGGUAGUUUAAGAAAUAUCGCUUGAAUUUCGAGAUGAUAUUUAUAGAGAUCAUUUUUAUUUUUAUGUGUAUUAGGUUAUGAACGCUGACUCAAUGACAAUUUAUACCACUGAUACACGUUGACAUAGUUCUGUCUAAAUUAAUCAUGACAGUCUAAGGCAUUAUACAUCCAUGACAUUUAAUGUCAAAUUAUAUUUUAUAAUCUUCAUGAUGAUUUUUGGUAGAAUUUCACAUGGAGAAUUUAAUCUAACUCACAAUAGAGGUUAAUAAUUUCUUCAUAUUGGUUUUCGAGAGUUGUCUAUUAAACAGAAGAAGUCGUAAAACUUCAAUGCAACCAGAUAGAACGGUCUAGUUUCUUAUUUAAACAGUAUGAUCCAUCGUGAUAGACGUCUAAUUGUUUUCUAUUUCAUACGGGAAAGGAGGAAAAAUUGUUUACCACUACGUACCAAAUAUAUUACAUUUAACAAGUAUAAUAUAAAAGCUUCAGAGUUUUUAAUGACAUCUACAGGGGUAUGAAGGUUUAAUAAUUAGGAUGCAAGUGAAGCAAGGAAUUAGAUCCCUUCUUUUAGUUUUACUACUUCAUUUACAUUGCGUAAACAUGUUCAUAAAUAUAAGUAUCUAAAUAGAGAAACGGUUAUUGUUAUUCACGGUGCUAUAUAGUUGUAUAUUCUUCUGCAGUUAGAUGGUAUUUUAAAAUUAGGUUAUAUUGUAUUAUUCAAUCAUAAGCACAGACGCGAUUUGCAGAUUGCAAUAUGCUCAUCUGCCAAUAAGCUGUCCCUUAGGUGGAACCAGUUACCUAUCAAUCGUCCUAGUUUAAAAUAAAUACAAAGGACAAUGUAGCUUGUACUUAAGUAUGUAAUAAUAGUAGCCAAACUGUAAUUAGCACGUACGAACAACCGUUGUUUAUCUUCAUUUCUCUUUUCUUCACAAAUAAUUCAAUAAUUUGUAUGUAAGUUUUCAUAUAAAGAAAGCAUUAUUUCUAGCAGGUUUAUAUUAGGUGAAGUUCUAAAUGUUAUAAAAUAAUUCUAAUGUAUAUAUUUAGCAAAUAAACGAAGUACUUUGUUCUCUUU